GUACGAUUCUUACUGAUGUUUUCAACAGUGUACGUAGCACUAGCAGUAUCAAUUUCUUCCUGACUUUAAGAAAAGAUGGAUGAUUUUUGGAGACUUGUGCUCCUGUCGUUAGCCAUGCUGAUUGGAUGCUACCUUGCUGGUUCAAUCCCGCUGGCAAUUAAUCUUUCCGAGGAAAAGCUUCGUUUGGUGACUGUGCUUGGUGCUGGUCUACUAGUGGGUACGGCGCUAGCUGUUAUCAUACCAGAAGGAGUUCAUGCUCUGUAUCAACACCGUCCAGAUUCACAUGUUGUUGAAAAAGCUAUUGCAGAAGAAGUGGCCAAAGAGGGUGCUGUACAUGAACAUGGACAUGGACAUGAACAUGAACAUGAGGAAGAGUAUUUACAUGUAUAUAUUGGUUUCGCACUUGUCAUAGGAUUCGUAUUUAUGUUAUUGGUGGAUCAGAUUGGAGGGGCUCAUUUGCAUUCAGCACAAGGUGACAGUGAAAACAGCAACAGGACCAGCACUGGUAGAAGUAAAAUAACAGCCACACUAGGAUUAGUUGUACAUGCAGCAGCUGACGGUAUUGCUAUGGGUGCAGCAGCUAAGACAGCUAGACCUGAUGUGGAAAUGAUUGUGUUUAUAGCAAUAAUGCUUCACAAGGCACCUGCUGCUUUUGGUUUGGUCACAUUUCUAUUAUCUGAAAAUUUUCCAAGAAAUAAAAUAAGAUUGCAUCUGUUUAUCUUUGCAUUAGCCGCUCCAUUGGGUGCAAUAUUUACAUACAUAGGCCUGAAUCAGGGCACAAGGGAGGCAUUAGAAACGAUAAAUGCCACAGGCAUCACUAUGUUGUUUUCAGCUGGAACGUUUUUGUACGUUGCUACAGUGCAUGUUUUACCCGAAAUUGUUGCUAUGGGACACUCGCAUGAUAGUACUGGUGCUGAUCAAGAAAGUAUUGGAGAACCAAAACCUGUUGGUUUCACAAAAAUUGAAUUAUUUUCGUUAGUUUUAGGGUGUCUGGCUCCAUUGGUCUUAUCUCUCAAUCAUCAUCACUAAAAUUAUCAUGGAUUUGCAUAAAAUACAGCUAUUUUUGUACAGAAUUGUAUUUCAUUAUC